ACUACCAGUUUUUUUUUGAUUGAAAAAAGAAGAAUAAUGCAUCACUUGAGAAUAAUUUUGGCAAUUCUGCUCUCCUUAAUUAGUCCAAUACACUUAACUGUUAAGUUUAAUAAAAAUUUGAAAAGUUUCUCUCAUAGUGUUAAAAAAGCAGUUUUAUACGGCCAUAACAUUGAAAAUGUAAUGUUUAGAUAUGAAAAAGGACCCGGAGUAAUUACCGAACAAUUUAUUUCUGGGAAUAAUGGCUGUGCCGAUCCUACUUUACACAUAAACAUUUACAUUGACGGUGAAAAAACACCUAGCUUAGAUUAUAAUAUGUUCUUUGCUCACGCAGUUAAUAUGACGAAUGACGUAGAAGAUAAAUUCUCUCCCUGGGCAACAAGUAGGUUUGGACAUACAGCUCACCGUGGAGGAGGUUAUUUUAAUACCUAUCGAAUACCUUUUGGGAAGAAUAUUAAAAUUACAUUUCAAAGGCCAGGACCAGAGUGUGCAAUAUGGUAUAUUGUUAGAGGCGUCGAAAAUCUACCAAUUGUCGUUGGAGAUUUCGAAUUGCCUCCUUCAGCCAGGUUGAAAGUUUACAAAACGGAAGAUUUUCUUGCACCAGAAGAAUAUGUUAACAUAUUAAAGAUUCAAAAGAAGUCAGGGAUUGUUUUUCAAAUGACCAUUUCGGCUAAUAGUAAAGAUUUACAAUUUCUAGAAAGUUGUUAUAGAUUACUAAUCGAUUCGGAUAAUUGGGAAAAUAUGCAACUAUUAUCAUCAGGAACAGAAGAUUUAUACUUAUCAGCAUUAUACUUUAAUGCUGGAGUGAAUCAUUUCGAAAAUGCAGGAGUUACUUUUAUUAACCGGUUACAUGGAUCAGUAGUAGCCUAUAAAUUUUUUGAAAGAGAUCCUGUAAUAUUCCACGAGAAUAUUACGCUUGUAUGGAGAUGUGGAGAAAAUGUCGACUAUGGUUGUUACUAUAAACCACCUCAAAAAGACUGUUGGUUAGAUGGAAAUAGAAAGUACUGCUUUCCUAAACAAGCACCACAAGAACAAAUAGAAAAAGAAAAAAAAGGAUUUGAUUUAAGCGAAACAUUCUUUAAAACAUAUGUAUGGGUAUAUGAAUGCAUCGCUAUUGCUAAAGUCCAGGUAAACGAAAAAAUGAAAACCUUUGGUACCAGCACAAAAGAGGCAUACAUCAGAGGGAAUUGGGUUGAAAAUGUCAUGUUUGAGUACAACAAAGGACCCGGUGUUAUAACUGAACAAUCUUAUAUCGCAGGUUUACAUUGUACGGAUGAAAACAUGUUUGUCAAUGUGUAUAUUGAUGGAGAAACGGAGCCGAGUUUAGAUUUUAACAUGUUUUUCGCCCAUGGAAUAAAUACGACUGCAGCUGUCGAAGACAAAUUUGCCCCAUGGGCCACUAGUUUAUUUGGUCAUGCAGCUCAUAAUGGAGGUGCCUUCUUUAACACCUAUAGAAUUCCUUUUGGUAGAAGUAUUAAAAUUACAGUAAGAAUUCCUGGACCGGCCAGUUGUAUUAUGUGGUAUAUAGUUAAGGGUGUUGAAAAUUACCCGGUUGUCAUUGGAGAUCUUAUAUUACCCGCCAAUACACGACUUAAACUUUACAAAACAGACGGAUUGCUAAAUCCCCAUGAUUAUGUCACCAUAGCUAAGGUAAAUAAUAAAUCUGGAAUAGUCUUUCAAGUAGCUUUCGCCGGUCGCAGUAAAGAUCUAGAAUAUUUAGAAGCUUGUUACCGAGUAUUGUUAGAUUCCGAUGACUGGAGUAAUGUACAACUAUUGUCUUCCGGAACAGAAGAUUUCUAUCUUUCAUCCUAUUAUUUCAAUGCCGGAGUCAAUCACUUUGAAAACGCUGGAGUAACUUAUAUAGAUCACAGCGGAAUAGCGGUAGCUUAUAAAUUCUUCGAAAAGGAUCCAAUUAUCUUUCAAAACAAUAUGACUUUCCUAUGGAGAUGCGGGGAAGACAGAGCGAAUGGAUGCUAUUAUAAACCACCAAAAUCAGAUUGUUGGUACGUCGGUGGAAGAAGAUUUUGUUAUCCCGAAAUGGCUCCUUCGUCUGAUAGAGAUGUUAAACUUAGCGUAACCUUAUUUAAAACCUAUGUAUGGGUUUAUGAAUGGUAG